AUGGGCGAGAGUUCCUCAUCACCAAUAGAGAAAAACUCCCAUAACUUACAUGACCAAAAUCCCUCAUUCUCUUCCUCGGUGAAGCUGUUUGGUGUCGCGGUCAGUGACCUCGACACAACUCCUGCGACACAACCAGACUGCGAAAACAAAAGAUACGAGUGCCAAUACUGCAAACGAGACUUCACCAAUUCUCAAGCAUUAGGGGGCCAUCAAAAUUCACACAAGAAAGAACGUCAAAGAUUAAAAAGUUUGCAUUUCACGACCAAUAAUCACCGGCGCUUUGCAACGCCAGUGACCAUGCAUAAUGCACAUGCUACAAGAUUUGGACACUUUCAACAACCGCUGGUGCCGGUGGUGGAUCACUAUAUAUAUCCACCAUCGACACCACGGGUACUGUCUGGUGUUCCACUAAGGUUUCCGGGUAGGUUUUAUUCUGGAGGACCACUGGAAUUCAGAAAUGUUGGUAACAAUGAAACAAGGAUGAUUGAAGAAGCAGGUGACAGUUGUAAUGGUGUAGAUGUUAAUCUGCACCUUUGA